UUAAUAUGCAAAUAGCCUUGUCGGAUCACAGGAACAUGUAUAUAAAGGUGAUCUUAAACCUAAGAAACACUCGUCUGUGUAUUUCCCGUGAACUAGGACUCGAAAUAUCAUAAAGAAAAAUGAAGUGUUUAAUAGUGCUGUCCGCAAUGUUGUUCGUCACUGCUGCUGAAUUAUACAGCAGUGAAAAUGACGAUUUGGAUAUUGAAGCGGUAGUUGGUGAUCCUGAUACCCUGAAAGUGUUCCUCGAUUGCUUUAUUGAUAAAGGGACUUGUAACGAACAAAUAGCCGACUUUAAGAAAGACAUACCAGAAGCUGUUGUCGAAGGUUGUGCCAAAUGUACUGCUGCUCAAAAGCAUAUCUUCAAACGUUUCCUAGAAGUACUCAAGGUGAAAAAUCCAGAAGGCUACCAAUCAUUCAAACAAAAGUACGACGCUCAAGACAAAUAUUUUGCCACAUUGGAAACAGCUAUUGCAAAUGCUUAAGAAAUUCUUAAUAAAUUGAACGAUUAUAUUGAUUUUGAUUUAAAUACAUGAAUAUAUAAUAUUU